CCUGCGGCCUAGUUAAGAACUGAAUGAUUAUAAUAUAUCAUUUCGUUCUAAGCCUGAUAAAUGUCAAUCUCCAGGAAGAAUGGAGACGUACUCCUUCUCUUCUUACUUUUCAAUGCGAGACGGUUGUCUACAUUGUGAGGAAACGAGUGUCACUGAUGUGCACCGCAUUUUGCAAGAUGACUUCCCGGGUCGCGACAGUCCUUUCUUCGUGUACAGCCAAAAUCAGAUAGUAGAAAAUAUCCUUGCUUACAAACAGCCACUACUUAGUCUGAGCAACCAAUGCAUACUGGGCUAUGCUGUGAAAGCCAACUCGAAUUUAUCAAUACUGAAACUCAUCCGACAGCACUGCGACACUGCUGUCGUUGUCAGUGGGAAUGAACUGAAGUUGGCAUUGGCCGCGGGAUUUCUCCCGGAAAAUAUUGUCUACAAUGGCUGUGGAAAAACGCUUCGUGAAAUCGAUCACGCGGUCAGUGUGGGCUGUUUGCUGAAUAUAGACAGCUUGUUUGACGUUGCCCACAUUGGAAAGAUUGCGAAGGGUAGAGGUGUCACUGUUCGAGUCCUCAUUAGGAUUAACCCGGACAUCGAAGUGACGGCCCAUCCAUACAUUUCUACCGCCUUGGCACAAUGUAAAUUCGGAAUAGGGAUAAAAGAGAUUGACGAGGUUCUCAGAUAUUUGCAAGAUCAACCAAAAUUGCGUCUUGUGGGCUUCCACUGCCACCUCGGCUCAACUAUAGAGAGAACAGACGUGUAUAGAAAGACCGUAUCUUCAGUGCUACAGGUGGUGGAGACUGUGCGUUCCAUGGGAUUGACGGAUAUCCAAUACAUAAAUAUAGGCGGAGGGCUUGGGAUCGACUACAAAAGACAUGCGAAGAGAACCAGCCCUUUUAUCAAACCAGCAUUCUUGGACAUAGUUUUCCGGUCUUUGCAGGAUGGCAAGGCUGAGACAGAUAUCAUAGCAGAAAAUAUACUUGAGGCAUUUGAAAACCAACACAAAAUGACACCAGAAGAAGUCAGUGAAAUUAUACGAAGCAACUUACAGCAGUAUCCACACCUAAUCGAGGAAUUUGAAAAACAACUGGAACCAGAACUUUCCCACCAGUGUCCUACUCCCAGCGACCUCGUUGCAUCAGUCAAAGAUUUAGUUGAAGGGAAAAAUAUUUCCUUAAUUUUGGAGCCAGGGCGUUCAGUAGUAGGAAACGCUGGCGUGCUCGUUAUGCAUGUAAUAGGGUGUAAGAAAAACGGACACAAAAGAUUUUUAAUAACAGAUGGGUCCAUGACCGAGGUUAUCCGGCCAAGUCUUUACUCCGCAUACCACCACAUAGAGCUGGCGGAAUCCAGUACUUUGGCUUGCGGGAAGGCUGUAUACGACAUAGUUGGACCAGUAUGUGAGUCGGGAGAUUUCCUCGGAAAGGACCGUCUCCUAUCCGUCCCACACGAGGGUUGUUCAGUCACAAUGUUUGAUGUUGGUGCUUACGGCAGCGUAAUGUCAUCCAAUUAUAACUCCAGGUUGCGGCCAGUUGAAAUUAUCGUCAGUGGUAGAAAGUGGGCCGUGAUACGAAAACCAGAAACAUUUGGGGAGCUUAUUAAUCCCCAGUUGCUGACUAUAACUUCAGAAGACAAAAAAGAAGAAAAAGUAAAAGAAAAACAAUCAAUUGAGGGUAAACAUGCUAGUUAAGUAAUUUUCAAUACAGCGAGGCUGGUUGCCUUUUGGUGAGACUCACUUGUAGUUGUUGAAAUAAGGGAUUGAGAUUGCUCUAUCUUGAAGGCUCAUAUGGUCUUUGCAGUAUCCGACCGAAUAUCAUUACUGUUGACUAUCUACAUGACUAUCUACAUGAAUAAUGAAUUGCAUGGAACUAGUUUAUUCUAUUUUAAAUGGCUCAAAAUAUUGAAUCCAAAUGCAGGGACGCGUCGGACAAUGAUUCGCGAGCAAGAGAAAAUUGCUUUUCUCUUGAGGAAAAUUAGAUUUGGCGCGAAAACCCCGCAUAGAAUACAUUUAAUUGUAGAAGAAGGUAAACUUGAAGCAUGGCGUGCAUACGUUAAGGGUGUAAUCUUGAGAAGGCUUAAAAUGUGAAUGAAUCAUUAUAGUGUGUGUAAAUUCUUAUUCUGUGAAUUCUCUGCAAAUACAAAAAAUAACGUUUUUUUAGCCUAUCUUCCUCUUUUGAACUUUUUCUCAUUGUUUUAUUUUCUGAUAUGGUUCUAUUUAAAAACUUGUACGUAAAAGUUAGC